GACGUAUUUGCUGUUCGCCGACUCGUAGUUGUAGUUCUUUCCGGACCAGAGGAUCAUAAAGAUGACUGAGGAAAACAAUGGAAAUUCGACAAUGGAAGCGGUCCAAAGUCUUAUAAAAAAGAAAGACAACAUGGAAGAACAAAUUAAAGCUUACUACGACGUUUUGGAAGAUCAAGGCGUUGGAAUGGAAGGUCCUCUAGUUGAUGCAGAGGGCUUCCCUCGCGCAGAUGUUAAUGUGUACCAGAUCAGAACAGCAAGGCACGGUAUUUCUUGUCUACAGAAUGAUCACAAAGCCAUCAUGGUGGAAAUUGAGGAGGCCCUGCACAGGCUGCAUGCUCGAGAGAAGGCAAAGCGGGACCAGGACCAGGCAGAGUCCAUGGAGCAGGAGGUCACCCUGCCCUCUCCCUUCGCCCGUGUGGAUGCUGUCUCACAAGGCUCCCCUGCCUGUCAGGCUGGCCUGAGAGUUAAUGAUGAAAUCAUAGCGUUUGGAUCCGUCAACACAAGGACCUUCCAGAACCUGCAGAAUAUUGCCUUGGUGGUUCAGCAUAGUGAAGGGAAACCAUUAAGCGUUACAGUGAUUCGAAAUGGCCAGAAAACACAAAUGGGCCUUACCCCACAGCAGUGGUCAGGGAGAGGUUUACUGGGAUGCAACAUUGUGCCCAUCCAAAAAUUAUAAGAACAAUGUGACCAGCAGGAUCAGGAUCAUAAAGAUCUUCGGGUCAACCUUACCACUAGCUCUGCUUUGGUAUGCCACUGGGUGGCUGUGAGUUAAUUACAUGUUUGAGCCCAUAGAUUAGAAGACUGCCAAUUUCAACUGAUUUAAUGUUAAUUUCAUGUUCUAAUAAAAGUAUUGUUUAAGGUUA